AUGAAGAAAGAUUUGUCUGAAGGUAUCAUCGAGAAUGAGAAAGUUUCUAAAAAUAAAAACAAUAAUCUAUAUAAUGAAUAUAGAGAUAAAGUUAUUUGUGUUAAUAAUAUAGAAAUAAGCAAUGCUUCACUAUACAAAAGAUCUUUAAUAAUGGCUUCUUCAACAAUACAGUUUGCUGAUAUAUUGCAAGGAGAUAAAUCUGUUAUAGGAGAACACAAAUUGGAAAAUUCUCAAAUUGUUAACUCUCAAAUAUAUAUAGGCAUAGAAGGUGAUUAUACAAUACAACAACAAACUACUUUUAACGAAGCUUCAAAUAAUUCAACUUCUCAGCAUAAUAUUUAUUAUCAAGUUGCAAAUAAAAAUCUUGAAAACUAUCCUUCCAAGAUGAAACACCAGAUUCACACAAAAUAUAACACUCAUAAACAUGUUUAUGAGAUUUGUGAUUUAGUAAAAAUUCAAAUUGCCAAAAUUGAUUAUAGGCCUAGUGAUCAUUCUAGUGUAGUUUUACUACUUAAACUAAAAGAAUUUCCAGAGCUGAAUAAUCCUCUAAUCAAUAUAACUGUUAGUAUAAUUGAAGCCACAAGAUUGCAAUCUAAUGCUCUUGCUAGUAACAAA